GAAGAUUAGAGAGGCCCUUCAGCAGGUCGGCAGGUAAUCUACGCAGCUGGGUUUUAAUCAGAUUAAGGUCCCUCAGAUGGGAAAAGGUCUUCAGGUCAUCGGACGUUAUGGAGCUCAAAUUGCUGAAGUGGACACUGAGGGAAGAGUAGGAGAUAUAUCCAGCUGCAGACCCGCAGCACCACCAGUUUCAGAACCCCAGCGCCAGAACCUGAAGUGAGGGGCGGAGUUAUUGACAAUGAGACAAGCAUGGCGGAGAGCAUGUGCGACUUUCCAAACAUAUGGAGAUGGUGGGCUCUUAUUCUUCUGGAGAACUUUGGGGUUUUCUCUGAAAGUGCAGAAACCCUACAAGAGUCCCUUCCAUGUGAAGAACAAGCUACGCUUCGCAGCAGUGAGGCGGAGCUCCCAAUAAUCCGGCACAUGAAAGCAGCUGUGAAAUGGCUCCAUUCCAACAGCCAUCUGCUCCGGGGUCCAGUGGAAGAGCCUCUUUUCAUUCGAAUGAAUGAAGACGACAAGGAAAAGUCCUGCAACAAUCUCCUGGAACAGUCAGAAGCUUCCAGAGAGCCCUUUCUAUUUCAUUUUGUGUUCAGGGAUGACAUGGAGUUAUUUUUGCAAGAAUGUAAGGACAAAAUGGGCCUGAGAGUGAAUUCCUCAUUUGAUACAUUUUAAGUUUAAUUUAUGAUUGUCAUGAUAAAAUGGGCCUAGGGGUGAAUUGGUCAUUUGUUGUAUAUAUUUUUAUUGUUUCUUUUAAAAUGAUGCUGAAUUUUCUCUUUUUUUUUUUGUUUUUUGACAUGUUUUUUUUACAUAAAGAAAAAUGCAUGCUGCACAUGUUCUUGUGAAAUAAAGUAUAUUUUAUAUAA